GCUAAGUAGGGUUUCUACGCGCACGCGCGCGUGUGGUUGCUAUGGUGACCGAGGCUACCUGGUCGGUUCCCAGGGAACAGGAUGCCGCCUGGAGCAGGAACUGCUAAGGACUUCCUGGCCUGACUGCCUAGAUUCUCCCUCUAUAUACCUCCGUCCGUAUGUCUGUGUGAGUUACUGGACUUUUCCUGGGCUGCCAACCCUCUUGGCGGAUGGCAUCAUGGGUGCCCACCUGCACUCACGCCUUGGAUUGGGAUUGAGGUGUUCUGGUGGUUGUUAGAAAUGCAUCUAUUCCUAGAAGAUACUGAAAGUUAAAUAGAUCCUGCUGUGAUAUCAUCAUUGUAGUAUUUACCACAACUUCAGCUUGUGGGUGUUUAUAUGGUUAUUUAAUGAAGUUUUCUAUGAAGUCAGGAAACUGUUGUGUUUGGCCCUGAAAGUGCAUAGCAGUGAAUCCUUUGUGUUGGACUACUUACCACAAACUCAUUUCUAUCAGAAGAAUGAAGCCCUCAAAGAACAAAAAUGUAGAAUAUUCAGAAGGUUUCUAUAAGCCCCCAUUAGCUGUCCAGAAGACCAGUGCUGAGAUAAUAAAUGAAGCACGAAAAACACUAAGGAUUUUAAGAACUCAAAGACCGUUCACACCAAGGGAGGAGCAAAGGAAGCUUUUUGGCUCUGCAUCUUCAAGAACACCUGAAAACAGACCACCUUCUGCUUUUAGUCUCCAUGCUUCCAGCUUUGAAUGGGUUGAAUCAAGGCCUGUCUCUUGUGCACGCCUAAGCCCACUGGACCAUAAGCCAAAGCUGCUGUCAUCACCCAGGAAUGAUGAGGAGCAUCAUAUUUCACCUCCUAAAUCACCAAUAGAUUCAGAGGAAGUUAGGAGAAUCAGCAAUGCUCGUGCACGUUUGUUUAGAACCGCAUCUUAUGGAAACCUUCUCCCAGAUAAAAUACUACUUCCCAAUGAGAGUAAGACACUGAAUUUUGAAGACCAUCCUACCACGUGUGAUAGUUCAGGAACUAGAGAUGAAAGUCAAAACCUGACUGUCCAGUUGACCUUUAAGGAUAAGUGUAUUCCAUUAACAUAUAAAGAGCAUCAAAAUAAGAUAGAAGGGGAAGAAGUAUAUUCACAAAUGACAGACAUUUUGCCUUCACCUCAAUGCAGCAUUCAAAGUGACCAGGUUAACGGGCAAGAAAGUCCUUCAUCAUGCCUAGAAAACACUGAGUGGACUAAGUCUGCAUCUGUGUCAGAAAAUACUUUGGAAGCUAAUGAGACAGAAGAGGAAGAAAACUUCUGGAAUAUGAAAAUUUUACCAAUUCUACAUGAAUUAGAGUCUGAGGACAACGUAGAAAAACUUUGCCAUGCCUGUACUAUUCUCUAUAAGGCCUUGGAGGAAGGAAAUAUGCUUCGCAAGCGAUUUAAAAGACGGAAUUUGCUUCUGAAGACUUUAUACAAAUUAGUUGACAUUGCUUCAGAUCCGCUUGGCCUGAAACUUGCAAAAAUUAUUCUGGGCCUGAAAGUAAGUGGAAAGAAUCUGCUUAAUGUCUGCAAACUGGUAUUUAAAAUAAGCAGAAAUGAAAAAAAUGAUUCCAUCAUUCAACAUGACCAAAUAUUGGAUUCUCUGCUAGAAGUUCUGAGAGCUGAAGACUUGCAAGCAACUACUGAGGCCUUUCUCUAUUGUAUGGGUGCUAUAAAAUUCAUUUCUGGAAAUUCAAAGCUCAUUAAUGAGAUGGUCAGCAAGGGAACUGUUGAAAUACUGUUGAAACUAAUGAAGCAGAUCAAUGAAAUUAAUGAAAAUGAUGCUCGGUUUUCCAGUUCAGGACACCUCUUGGUUCAGCUCACUGCCACUUUGCGGAACUUGGUUGACUUGCCUCAGUCAAGGUGCAAGCUCCUGGACUCCGAAGGAAUUCCAGAGCUUUGUCUGAUGUUGGAGAAGCGUAUGAAUGACAAGGAUGUCUGCACCAAUGUGGCCAGAAUAUUCAGCAAACUUUCUUCCUUCAAUGACUGCUGUACAGCUUUGGCAGAUUGCUCCAGAUGUUACGUCUUAUUUUUAGCCCUGCUAAACAAACACCCAAAGAAGCAGGAUUUAGUCAUCCGUAUCAUUUUUAUUCUUGGAAAUUUAACAGCAAAGAACAACCGGGCCCGGGAACAGUUUUUUGAGGUGCAAGGAAGCAUUAAUACCCUGAUAGCACUAAUCCAGGCUAAUUGUGAAGCUGAUUCAAAUAGUAAACUGCUGAAAGGUGAUGGUGAUGUAAAAAAUCUCAAGCAUCCGUCUGAAGCAGAAGAUGUGCUCAUCAAACUUGUAAGAGUGGUUGCCAAUUUGUCCAUCCAUCCCACUGUAGGCACAAGUCUGGCAACAAACCAUCACAUUGUGACAUUACUUAUUACGGUACUAGAAAACAAAUCAGUUGAUGAAUGUGAGGAGCUGGUUAUUAAUACCACAGCAACAAUCAGCAAUUUAUCUUUCUACCAAGUGAAGAAUUCUGUAAUCCAGGAGAAGAAAUUAUAUAUUGCAGAGUUGCUUUUAAAGCUAUUAAUGAGCAGUAAUAUGGAUGGAAUUCUGGAGGCCAUUCGAGUCUUUGGUAAUCUUUCACAAUGCCAUGAAAUCUGUGACUUCAUCAUACAGCGAAAGGUGUACAAGUUCAUGAUCGCUUUGCUCGAUACCAAACACCAGGAUGUCUGCUUUUCAGCCUGUGGAGUUCUCCUCAAUCUUACAGUGGAUAAAAGCAGGCGUAGUAUACUGAAUGAAGAAGGAGGAAUUAAAAAGUUGAUUGAUUGUUUGAGAGACUUUGGGCCUACAGACUGGCAGCUGGCUUGUUUGAUAUGUAAAACUUUGUGGAACUACAGUGAGAAUGUUAGCAUGGCUAAGGCUUGCUUUGAAGAUGACGAAUCAAACACUUUGCUCGUUAUCCUUGCAUCAUUUUUAGAUGAAGAAUUAGCCCUGGAUUACAAUUUUGACGAUUUAAGAGAUUAUCACAAACUUUACUGGGAAACAGAGUUCAAACCUGUGGCGCAGAAGCUUCUCCAGAGGAUUCAAAACUGCAACUUUUGAAUUCCUUAUUUUAAGGUGGGUGCUGAGGGAUACUCCAGUGGCAGUUUAUGCAAGGUUGUUGCACUCAAAGUGCUUUGACAGAAAGUGGCUUUAGGUAAUUUUUCUUUUGUAUUAGCAUGUAUGUUCAUUGUAUGAUACCUUUUCUUAAAUUUCCAGUGGCAUUUGGGGAUGUAAAAAUAAACAAUCUUCAGCAUCUGG